UAUGUUCAUGUUUACAAAUUGUAUACACACUUCUUUUUACACCCCGUGUCCAGACGCGUUCGUGACCGGUUUUCGCUGAUUUAUAAGUGACAUUCUCAAAGUUGUUAAAUAUUUGGUGAAGUUUAAAACUUUUUAUAACCACAAAUAUAAUGUCUUCAGGACGGAAAUGUAAAAACUGUGGAAGUUCGGACAUUGAAGUUGAUCAAGCAAGAGGUGAUGCUGUUUGUACUAACUGUGGUUCUGUCUUGGAGGACAAUAUUAUUGUUGCUGAAAUCCAAUUUGAAGAAGGUGCUCAUGGUACUUCGAAUGCCAUUGGACAGUUUGUCUCUGCUGAUUCCAAAGGUGGUGCCAGCAAAUUUGGAGCAUCGUUUCAUGUGGGAGGUGGUGUUGAGUCCAGGGAGCUAACAUUAAAGAGAGCUCGCAAUGGAAUUGCACACUUGUGUAAUCAGCUUAGACUGAACCAACACUGUAUUGAUACAGCUUGUAGUUUCUUCAAAAUGGCAUUAUCAAGAAAUUUAACCAGGGGUCGCAAGAACACACACGUUCAUGCGGCUUGUGUCUACCUUACCUGCCGUACUGAGGGCACAGCUCAUCUAUUAAUUGACAUAAGUGAUGUCUUGCAAAUUUGUUGCUAUGAACUUGGAAGAACCUACUUAAAAUUAUCACAAGCCUUAUGCAUAAACAUACCAGCUGUUGAUCCUUGCUUGUAUAUUCUACGGUUUGCUGCUAACCUAGAAUUUGGUGCUAAAACGCAGCAGGUGGCGAACACAGCCCUCCGGCUUGUGCAGAGAAUGAAGCGGGAUUCCAUCCACUCUGGUAGAAGACCUUCCGGUUUGUGUGGUGCAGCUCUGCUAAUCGCCGCCCGUCUCCAUGAAUUCAGCCGAACAGCCCUGGAUAUCGUCAAGAUCGUGAAGGUUCAUGAGUCUACCAUACGGAAGAGAUUGAUAGAAUUUGGGGAUACGCCAAGUAGCGCCCUGACACUAGACGAAUUCAUGACCGUCGAUCUCGAAGAAGAACAGGAUCCCCCAUCAUUCAAGGCCGCCCGUAAAAAGGACAAGGAACUGCUACAAAAGCUUAUGGAAGAAGAGGCGGACAGUAUCAGCGAGUUACAAAAACAAAUAGAGAAUCAAUUAGAAGAUGGAAGGAGAAAGAGUCGCACUAAAUACUCGUAUACAUCGUCCGAUCAAGAAAGUCAAGAAACUGAUCGGUUCAUACAUGAGUCAACAAUGGGCACUAUAGAAAAGAUCAUGCAGGAUCAGUCAAUUCAAAAGACGGACGGGUUGCUCCCACAAAAAGGAUUAGGUCCAAACAUCGAAAGCAUGGGACUGGUUGCCUCCCUGGAUGAUACAUCCAAUGCAACAGCUGCGGCUCCUUCUUUGGAAAUGAGUCUCACAUUCGAUGACCUCGACGAUGCUGAACUCGAUACUUACAUCAUGUCAGAACACGAGUUCCAGUGUAAGAAAGGGUUGUGGCACAAGCGUAAUGCUGAUUAUCUAGAAGCUCAAAAAUUGAAGGCAGAAAAGCUCAAAAAAGAACGGGAGGAAGGCAAACCGGAAAAGAAACGAAAACGAAACCCCAGAAAGAAAGCAAUGGGUCCUGCCAAUUCGGCUGGCGAAGCAAUCGAAAAAAUCAUACAAGAGAAAAAGAUAUCAUCCAAAAUUAACUACGACGUUUUAAAGAGCCUUAAUUCAAGCACUAAAAAUGAACCGGAAGUAGAAGAAGAAGAAGCUGCUCCAACAACUACAGAAUCAAUUAAAAGGCGUCGCAUUUCUUCGGUAUCAAACUAUUUAGAGCAAAGUCACUUAGAGAAGAAAAGAAAGAAUGCGCCGAAAACAAAAGAUGUUGGUAUGCCAAUUAUGGAAACGAAUAAAGAAGAAGAAAAUGCUAAGAAUAUUACUCAGUCAGCAGCAAACUUAUCGGAAGAAGAACUGGAUGAAGAUUUUGAAGAAGAAACUACUCAGGAUGAAUCCGUUGAUAUGAUGGGUGUACGUGAAAUGUUGCAAAUACACCGCGAAAAUGAAGGUGGAGACAAUAUGGAAUAUGGCUAUAGUUAUGAAGAAGAUUACAUAUAAUUUUUAAUAUAAGUAUUAUCUUUCUAUCUAAAAAUAUAUUGCAUUUGUUGCAAUUGAGGUUUUAACUAGGUCUUAUAAUUAUUUAUUACUUUAUACAAUAUGUAAAUAUAUAUAUUAAUAUAUAAUAUUCAUGUCAGUUAAAUUUUGUAUUUGUUUGACGAAAAUAAAACUUGCCACUUA